UAAAAACUCAAAUUUCCCAAUAUGUUUCAAAAACUGGUGUUUACUGUUGACCAGUAAUCACGGAUCAUCAUCAACACAAUUCACAACCUUACAUUUACGCGCAAUAAAACAUCACUAACUCUCCAUCCACUUCCACCACCAAUGACCACCGUCACCGACCCUUUCAUUUCCCCAUUCUCCGACCACCAUCACAACCACCUCUUCGCCGCCAUCGAUCUCGGCACCAACUCCUUCAAACUCCGCAUCGUACGCGCGAACCCUACCACCGGCCGCUUCCUCACCAUCCACCGCCUCAAAGACCCCGUCGUUCUCGCCUCCUCCACCACCUCCGCCAUCUCCACCACCGCCCAAACACGCGCCAUCGACUCCCUCCGCAAGUUCCACCACAUCCUCGCCUCCCUCGCCGUCCCUCCGUCCCACCUCCGCCUCGUCGCCACCUCCGCCAUCCGCGAAUCCUCCAACCAAUCCGAAUUUAUUCAACUCGUUUACGAAACCCUAGGCUUCCAAAUCGACGUCGUUUCGGGAUACGAAGAGGCUCGGUUAACCUACCUUGGUGUUCUUCAGUUUCAUCCGGUUUAUAAUCGUACAGUUUUAACCGUUGAUAUUGGUGGUGGUUCCACUGAAUUCGUUGUUGGAUUGAAAGGUGAUGUCAAAUUGGGGGUUUCGUUGAAGUUAGGGCAUGUAACUCUAACUCAAAGAUUUGUUACAAAUAAUAAUAAUAACAAUGGGAUCCUGGCAAUGAGAGAGCAUAUUAGAAAUGUUGUUAAGGAGUCCGGGCUGGUUGAAAAGGUUAAGGAAUAUAAAAUUGAUGUUGUUGUUGGUUCUUCGGGUUCGAUAAGGAUGAUAGAGAAGGCGAUAUUUAUGGGGUAUAGUAGCGAUUUGGUGAGUGAGAUUGGGUUGAUGGAAGGGUGUAGGAGGGAUUGGAAGUUUAGUAGGGACGAAUUGAGCGGGCUUGUUGAGAAACUGUGUGAGGAGGAGAGUGGUGGUCGGGAAGGUGGGGGGCGGAAAGGGUUUUUUAAGACGCGAUCGGCGUUUAUUGUGGCUGCGGUGGUCUUAUUGGAGGAGAUUUUUGGGUUGCUUGGUGUGGAGGAGAUGGAGGUUUCGGGGUAUGCCUUGGGUGAAGGUGUGAUUGCCGAGAAGUUAGCGGAGGUUUUCGAUGGGUUUGAUUUGAAUGCGAAUGCGAGGUGGAGGUCGGUGUUGAGGGUUGCGUCUAGGUUUAAUAAUAAGAAGAGGAUGAGUUCUGCUGCAGCUUGUGCUUCUGUCUCACAGGAAAUUUUCACAGGUUUAAGAAAAUGGAACAAAAUUGAUGUCUUAUUGGAUGACAAAGAUCUUGAAUAUCUUGAAGCUGCUUGCUUGCUUCAUAAUAUUGGGUUGAUCACCGGGAAGAAGGGAUAUCAUAAGCGGUCAUACCAUAUUAUCAUGAAUGGGGAACAUCUUCAUGGUUACAACACUGAAGAGGUUAAGUUAAUUGCACUGCUCGUAAGGCAUCACAGAAAGAAAUUUCUCCAACUUGAUCAUAAUUCUCUCAGGGAUUUCACAGAUGAGAUGAAGCGUAAGUUCAGAGUUCUUUGUAUAAUCAUUCGCUUGUCUGCGAUCCUAAAGCAAUAUCAGUCUCUGAGCACGCAAAGCAUUCAGCUGUCUCAUUCCGAUGAAGGCUUCAAGCUGGUUUUCAGGGAUUCAUCAGCAAAUAAUGUCGAGUCUAUGCCAACAGAUGUUGACGUGGAACUGAGAAAAGAAUUGCAACACUUUGAAAAGGUGGUUGAGCAGAAAUUGUCGGUUGUAGUUCUAUCAAGCCCAUCAGGAUCUUGAAGCAUUAAUGUCUGUGUAUAGUUUGGGAAGCAGGCAAUGAAACUGUCAACCACACGAAUAAUUAUACUGUGAGGUUUCUAUUUCCUUUUUAAUGUCUAGCCGUGUAGGUAUGUUUUAGAAUUAUAGAGAAUGUUGUCCGCAAUUUUAGUGUCCAUAUAUUGUAAUGAUUAUAGAUGAACAAAGCAUACCGACAUGCCUAUAUGAUUUUGUUUAGAGGACGAUAACAUUACUUUUACUUUAUACUUAUUUGGUC